CAAAAUGAUCACCUCGUGGGAGAGCGCAGCGACGGAGGCGGCGUAUGGCCUCUGCGACACGUACGACAAGCGCACGAACGCGGGCGAAGAGGCAGACAAGGCAAUGCGCGAUCAAUCGGACCGCUUCUACGAGCUGCAGGGCAUGUACUGCGACGUGCUGUGUCGCCACACCGCCCAACUUAGUGACAUGGCGAUUGUGGGCUGUCUUGUGGUGCUCGACAAGGCGUCGAAGCGCUCGCUGCUCCGUGCUCGUCGGUCGAUGACUCCCGAGGUGCUCGGACGCAUUCUCUUCGCCCUCAAGACGCAGCCGCAGAUCUCCGACUGGGUACAAGUCAUCCAGCGCCUCUCGCCUCCCAGCAGCGACACACCCAAGGCCCGCAAGCAGUAUGCGCAGCGCUUCUUCUCGUGCCUGCAGCCUUACGAUCGCGAUGGUAUGCUGCGUGUGUUUGCAGAUGCAUUUCUUGAGGCGGCCGAGGGCAGCUGGUGCUCGACAAUCUCCGAUAUCCUCGCGAAAUUGGGCCAGGCGGAUCCGACGCGACCGAAUCGCUUCCGCUUCAGCCGUCUCAUUCCCAUCGGCCGUCGCAAGACCAUACGCUGUCCAAAGAUCAGGGGCGAGGACCAUGAUGCUCCGUAUGACGCUUGGAUGGGCGCAGAUGGUCUGAUGUGCGUGAGCACCGUGUGUGUCUGUGGGCGUUCCAGCUGAUCACAACGCCGCAGCAUUGCCCUCGAGACGGGCUCGACGGCGCAGCCGGGGAUGACGACGCUCGGUGUGGCGCUGGACCUGAUCAAAUCUGUCACUUCCUUCGGC